AUGAACAAGCUGCUUUUUGCAGACUCUGCGGGGGCCCCCUGGCAAAAGGUGUACUCCAACUCCCACUACGCCCUGGCGGCCCUGCUGCCCGCCAGCCUAGUCUCCCCCCAGGGAGGCGCCAUUCGAAAAAUGGCGGAAGUGGGGCUUGCAGCGGGCAUUCCCGCGCACAACCACAUCGCGCUCAACUAUGUAAUAAGCGACUACAUCCCCCGGGGGAUCCAGGUGCCAGUGCGGGCCGGCGUGAUCGGCCUGUCGGUGAUCACGGCGCUCGGCUUGACAAAGCUGGCGCUUGGCGGCCCUGGCAUCGGCGGCGCAGUGAAGGAGCUGUGGAAGAAGAAGUGA